AUAUAAUCGAACUAGUUAGCUCGCGCUCGCUUGUUGUGUAUUUUAUAAAGGCUAAAUUUUAUUUUACGGAUUUAAUGAAGUAUUUGCGUUACGUUGAUAACACAUUUCGCCUGUGCUUUAAUUGGUUCAUUGUGAGACGCUUGUUGAACGCACAAAUAAAAGUUAAGAAAUCAAAUAGCAUAUUUUUGUGUUGGCGAACAAUGACAUUGCCCAAGACUCUACGCCAUGUGCAAACCCAGCAUGGCGAUGACUCUGUUGAUGUGGAAAACAUCUUUCUAUUUAGCGCUAACUUGUACGCCGUAUCAAACACCGCCGGCGGUGGCUCUACAAAUGAUGCUGAAUUAGACGCUAAAUUAAGCGCUGAAUCAGUUGCCACUGUUGCUGACAAUUCAGAGAAGCCGAAAUCUGUAGAUGGUGUAUGGACCUACGAGGCUAGUGAAGAUUGCGGCAGCCAACUCGCUACAGUUGCUGAGGCCUCACUUGUACAGCUGCCUGAAAAGCGAAAGCCUACCGAUGACCCAAACGCCACCGAAUCAAAGAAGCCUAAAUUGGAAACAAAGGAUCUGAAACUGACGCGUCCCGGCUUUAGUGAAGAGAGAUAUGAUGAGACUUCCUAUUACGUAGAAAAUGGCUUGCGAAAGGUUUACCCCUACUCGUUUACAUUCACAACUUUCACAAAGGGCCGCUGGGUGGGCGAGGGAAUUUUGGAUGUAUUCUCGCGUGAAUUCCGGGCCCACCCUUCUGAGGAAUACAAACGCAGCAUCGAGGCUGGCAACCUAACAGUCAACUAUGAGAAGGUGCCCGUUGACUACAGGCUAAAGCACAAUGAUCUGCUAGCUAACACAGUGCACAGACAUGAAGUUCCGGUUACUUCGCAGCCCAUUUCCAUAGUUCAUAUGGACCAAGACAUUUUAGUAGUAAAUAAGCCAGCUUCUAUACCAGUACAUCCGUGUGGGCGCUAUAGACAUAAUACGGUGAUAUUUAUACUUGCCAAAGAGUACAGUCUGAAGAAUCUGCGCACCAUACAUCGGCUAGAUCGCUUAACUUCCGGUUUGCUUCUAUUUGGACGCAAUUCGGAAAAAGCUCGACAAAUGGAGCAACAGAUACGAAACCGACAAGUGCAAAAGGAAUAUGUUUGCUGCGUGGAAGGUCACUUUCCAGAUGGUGUUAUCGAAUGCAAUGAACCCAUUGAAGUAGUUAGCUACAAAAUUGGAGUAUGCAAAGUCUCACAGAAGGGCAAAGAUUGCAAAACAACAUUCAAGAGAAUCGGCCAGGCUGGAGACUACAGCAUUGUGCAGUGUAAACCGCUGACUGGACGAAUGCAUCAAAUCAGAGUGCAUUUACAAUAUUUAGGUUACCCGAUUGUCAACGAUCCAUUGUAUAAUCAUGAAGUAUUUGGUCCUUUAAAGGGGCGCGGCGGAGACACUGGAGGAAAAUCCGAUGAGCAACUAAUAAGUGAUUUAAUCUCCAUACACAAUGCCGAAAAUUGGUUGGGUGUUGAUAAAGAAAUCGCAACGACGAAAAAUUCAGAUGUGACUGCCGACAGUAUAAAGGAAGCUAAGCAAACUGACUGCCAACCUUUAAUUAAACCAGCACCUGAACCUAAGGUUACAAUUUCUACACAAACUAGUCAUGAACCUGCCGACUCGAAUUUCGAUGCUAGUAAGCUAUCUAUAGACCCCCACUGCAGCGAAUGUAAAAUGAACUAUCGCGAUCCAAACCCAGAGGACCUCGUUAUGUAUUUGCAUGCGUGGAAGUAUAAAGGAAUCGGCUGGGAGUAUGAAACAGAAUUACCAAGUUGGGCCUCGGCUGACCAGGAUAAUAUCACGCUUAGUUUAAGAAAUAAGCGUUAAAUUGUACAGUUAACUGUAACGAAUAGUUCGUAGCAGGACAUUCUGAAUUAUACAUAU